GUGACGUCGGCGGACUGAUUCGGUGGCAACAGCGCCGCAAAGGCAAAAAUCUUCGGCCGCUGGAAAGAGAUACAACGCGACACACACACGCAGGGAGAACGUGGUCCAUACAUUUAUUUGAAGCAGACAGUCACAUACUGUAGCAGGCUUACCCGCUGACGGAAAUCAUGCUUUGUCGCGAAGAAAGAGAUUAGGCUGACGAUCACUUUGCAUCGGCGCAUUACUUGGGCUUCACGCGACGGUGCUAGACUUUUAACGUCACCAUCCGUCGCGCGGUCUAUGUCUCGGAACCGCGAGCACGCGCGCCCAUGGCCUCGGUAAACAGGGACGAGGAGCAGCGAUGGGUGCCGACGCACGUGCAGGUGCUGGUGAUCCGCGCCCGCGGGCUCCGCGCCAAGGGCAAGCACGGCACGAGCGACGCGUACACCGUGGUACAGCUCGGCAAGGAGAAGUACUCCACAUGCGUGAUAGAGAAAAGCACGGAGCCCGAAUGGGGCGAGGAGUGCACAUUCGAGCUGCAGCCUGGCGUGCUGGAGGACGCGGGCCGCGACGCACACCCGGCCGGCACCGGCGACCUCACCUUCACCGUCAUGCACCGGGCGCUCAUCGGCCUUGACGUGUUCCUUGGCCAGACUGUGAUCGCGCUGGACAAGGCGUUCCGUGAGCGUGCGUGCAUGAGAAACGAAUGGUACAAGCUUCAUUCUAAAACUGGCAAAAAGGAGAAAGAAAGAGGGGAGCUUCAGCUAACGGUGCAGUUCACUCGCCAUAACCUGACGGCCAGCAUGUAUGACCUCUCCAUGAAGGACAAACCUCGGUCAGCCUUCAUCAGGCUGCGUGAGCGCAUGCGUGCCCGGAAGCGUGGUGGGGAUGAAGAGUCCAACUCAGCCAUUGUGCCUGGGGGUUAUGGUGCGUUGGCGCGCAUGCGGAGCCGUCUGCCAAGUGAUGGUGGUGGAGAGGAAGACUAUGAGGAUGACGAAGGAGGGGAGUUGAGGAGGAGUAAAAUGAGGAGUUACUUCCUUCACGGAAGGUUACGGAAGUCUUCAGACACACGUUCUAGCACAUCUCUGGGUUCUGAGAGCAGCGAGUCAUCUUCUAGAGGGGGCAGCCUUAGCCCAACUGCUGGCAUCAGUGUAGUGGUCUCUGACCUCUCCAAUUCACCCAGCAACAGCAGCAACCUGACUGCAGACAACAGCCCAGAGCACACAGUAGCCCCCUCACCACUGGUCUCUCCUGUUAGAUAUGUGUUUGAUGAGGAGUGUGACCUUAGCAUCCCAGUGCCUCAUUCCCUGACCACUGACAGUGAUGCCCCCAUUCUCCUGCCCUCUGUCUGUGUAAAUGGAAAUCCAGUGGAGACAUCUCCUCUUACUCACCAACCCCCCUCACUGGUACUACAACAUCCUAGGCCACAGACAGAGACCCAACAAGAAUCACCAAACACUCCUCAGACUAGCCCACCACAGAAAGGCAAACCUACUCAGGCCCAAACCACCCAGCCCCCAGAAAUCAAACCUCAACCCAGUUCAGAAUUUCAGACUCUUCAGCCUAAAGUGGAGUCUAAAUCCAAGCCUGACCUGCAGUUCCCUGCAGUAGGACUGCUGCAGAAGGGUUCUGCUCUCUCUUUAUCUUUGCAGAACCUCUCUCGCCGUAAAGAGGAGCAGCAGGGCGGAGGGCCUAUAGACGGCCGCCGCUGGUCUUUUGACAAACCAGGAGAGGAGGAGAAGGCUGCCAUUGCUGCUGCACUGGAUAAUGCUGGGUUGAUGGCCGAUGAAACAGUGGUGGAGACUGCUGUGUCUGUAAGCGAGAUAGAAGUUCAAGGCAAGAAGAAGCGAGGCUUGUUCUCACAUGCACGGGCUGAAAAAGUGGAAAGUGGUCAUGCUCAGCCAGCUGCAGAGGGAAGACACAGAGGCUGGUUCAGCUCUAAGGACCCAUACAGUAAACCAAGCCAGCUGGCUGCUCCUCAGAUAGACUUCAGCUCCAGCACAACCCUCUCUCUUUUAUCCCCGUUUCCCACUGAUCUCUCAGAGGGGAUGACUUGCCAACAUACUAACCCCUUCACUUCCACCUCAUUCAUCUCUCCUGCUAACCCUUUCUUUUCACUACUUAAGCAAAAUCCAUUUUUCCAAGAGCUGCAUACUGUCACUCCAUUAACACCUGCUUUGCCCUUUCUCUGUAGCCCAGCCAUCCAUCAACCUGAAGUGCCUUCCUCCAGACCAAGAAACCCCACCCCUCCUCUAAUUGUAGUUGAAGCUGGAAAUUCAAAGGGAAUCCUAGUGGAUGGAGCAUCACCUAAUCUUACAAAUUCUUUUUGCAGAACUGAUGCAUCAGAUGACUCUGACAAAUAUACACAAUGUGGUGAUUUCAUUGGUGAUAGAUUGAAGCUAAACUCAAAGAUUGGUACUCAGAAGAUGACUACCCUUCCUUCUUCCUACCCAAUUGAACCAACUAAUCAAACACCCACAUGUGGUGAAGGUGACCCAGUUGUGUCCAACAAAGCUUAUGCUCUAGAAAGUGUAUGUAAUAUAACCCCAGCAUGCACUUUAAUGGUAGAUGCACUUUCUCAUUCUGAAGCUGAAGCUAAUUUUAUACACUGUGGUACUCAGAAGACUGACCUCAAUAAUUCUGUUCCUCUGGAUGCGUCGGAAUCUGAAUUUGACUCCUCAUUGCCUCAUAACUCGAGCAUAGAUUUCUCUGAACUUCAUGCCCUAGCAUGCCCUUACCCUACACGUUCAAGCUGCACAUUUAAUAGGGACAAAGUCAGUGCAGUCUCAGUCUGCCAAAUAAAUAUUACACCGAAUGCAAUGUCGGUGUUGUCUAUGACUCCUAAACCCUCAGCACUCAGUUCUGAAUCAUUAAAUUACUUUGGCCUGGAUGAAAAGUUUGAACAUGAAACAGGCAAGUGCAUUACUUUCAAGAGACCGACAGAUGAUGACACUAAAGGGUCUGUAGAAAUCCAGAAGACAUCUCUGCCUUACUGCAACUUUGAUAUUCGGGAAACAUCUUCCAUUGUAACAUCUGAAUCUCCAAGCAGGGGUUGUAAAGUCCCAGAGUCAAAGUCCCUCUCAAAAGGACAACAGAACUUCAAAUCAGAUUUUGGUAUUGGAACAGGAGAUGGAGACGUAGUAUUGAAAGAGUCUGCCAUUAAAGAAAGAACAUGCUUGGAUGUCCAUCCAGCAACAUAUCCAUUAGGAUUGUCCAUUCCCUUAGGACUCAGUGACUCUGUAUUACAAGGAAGAUUGACAGUGGAGAAAGAUGCUGCAGGUAAUCCAGGAUGUGGAUCAUUAGACACAAGUGAAGUUUGUUUUGUAGGGAAAGGUUUUGAUAUUGAGAACUUGAAGGUUCUUAUGGAUUCUUCUUCUACAGAAUCAAGAAACAUGUCAUUUACAAAGGAGAAACUCAGUGAUUCUCCACAUAAUCCAUCUAAGGGACGUUUCAGUUUAUCUGAAACCCUCAGUGGACCAUAUUUGGUAGAGAGACCAAAUGGUAGCAGACAGACAUUAUCUUCAGCACUGUCUCCUGGGUAUGUGCUUUCCCAUAGCCACUAUGAGAGUGUAGACUCUGAGCACUACCUCACAUGUAUGUCACAGCACGGUUCUCUUACCAUUUCCCAACUCUCUCCAGUGGCCUGUCUGAAAAGUGACACUUUUCAAGAAGCCAAGCCAAAAUCUGGUUCAUCCCAGGAAGUCCUGCCAACAAAUUACCAGUCUCAGAGGAUUGUAUCAGAACUACAGCAAAACCAAGCUGAAAUUUCUCAAGAAACUUUGCCAAAAAAUGAAGGUAUUUCUCAGUCUGAUCCUUCAAACCCACCAUUAUCUCUUACCUUCUUGCCAAAAUCUUUAGAAAAAUGUGACAUUAUAGAAGAGGCCAUAACAGGCACUGUUACAAAUGAAUCAAUACAAAAAUAUGAUCCCCCAGUGGACACAAUGAUGAACCAUGAUUUGCUACAUGAGAGAAUUCCUGAUAUUUUGGAUAUGAUGACAACAAUGGCAGCGGAAGAAUGUUUAAUGUUAGAUUCUCAUACGUUUAUGGAUAAGGAUAUUUGCUCAACUGAGUCUCAUCAGUCCCACCAUGUGAAAUGUGAUGGUGCUCUAGAGGACCUGGAGAUUAUCACAGAUUUUGGUUGGUCCACUGAGAAUGUGUGUGUCUGUGAUUUUGUAUCUGAGCCAACCUCUAGCAUUACUGAGGACUUGGUUAUGACAGAUUUGCUCCUGGAGAACGUGUUUGUGGCCCAGCAUGCUGUGACACAUUCUGUUGGCACAAGCCCUGUCGCGCCCACUGUGCCUAGGGAGACUUGCACAAACAUGGAAUUGUGUCCUGAUUCUGUUAAAGCAUCACAAAUAAGUAAAAAUACACAAGCAACAACUACUGCAGCUUCUGUUCCACAAGGGGAGUAUUUGGGCAGCAUUAUACACUGGUCUACUAUUCAAACACCUCUGCCUGAACCAUCAAACCUGGACCGGCUAACUUCAGGGCAUGAUCUCUUGAUAAGCUCCCCUUUGCUUGAACUCUCACCACUAGCCUCAUCUACACCACAUGUAGCAGUAGGUAGUAAUAGUCUGCCACUGUUGUCCUUUCCUAUGCCCUCUGCUCCAGCAAAAUCAUUGCCGCAUACUGUACUAGCUUCUGCUGCUGCUGCUCUUCCCCCCGUAUUUGCUGCAUCCCAUGAUUAUUUCCCCCAGGAAGAACAUCAGGUACCCUGUCAUAACAGCAGUCCACAUCCAGUGAAGCCUUUGACACCGCCAGAUGAGAAGAGGUCAGAAGGGCGGUCUAUGCUGGAGAAGAUCAAGUCCACCAUUCAUCCAGGACGAGGUCACCAAGGAGACCAGGAACCUGAGAAGAAGCUCUUGGUGGAGGGUGGAGGCUCCUACUACCAUCUGAACCACAGUGAGCUGGUGUCACUCCUGGUACAGCGGGAUGCUGAGCUCCAACAGGAGAGGGAGGAAUAUGAGCGCCAUGGCUUGUUGCUACAGAAGCGGGAGGUGGAGUUAAAGAAGAUGAAAAUUUUAAUCCGAGAUCUAGAGGACUACAUUGACACUCUGCUAGUCCGCAUUAUGGAACAAACGCCUGCACUGUUGCAAGUUCGUUCCAAAAUUAAAUGACCCGAUAGAGAUUCAGCAAACAUUUCAUGGUCACUUCACAAAUCUUCCACAAUCCCUGGGCAGAAGUUGCAACCCUGCACUGCUACUGCUACCAUGUAAAUGUAGAUUGAAGCAUUAUUGAACAGGCACAGAAAAGAUAUAUAUUUGGCAUUCUUCGCUGUCUACCUACAGUGUCUACCUAUGUGAGCCUCCCGUAUGUGGCCAGGUGCACCCACCCACCCCCUCCCUUCCUGACUCCCGCAAUUCUUAUUCUUAUAGGAAUUUCUGAGAAAUUUUACUUUCUUGCUCACUUCCUCUAAACGGAUGUGUAAGAGGUGCAUCUGUCCAGCUAGUUACCAAAGCUGCCUGUCAAUCAAAGGAAGGUGUGGUCUGGUUUUAGGAAACUUGGGUGAAUAGUCUUUGCUGCUUGAAAUAAUGCGUUAUCCAAAUGUUCUAUUUUGUUCUUCCAUUCUCCUCACGUUAACGGGACCUAUGUCAUGUCAAGCUCAUAAAACUAUGCUGCUUGAACAGGCCAAUUCUGAAGCGGUCAAGUUAUAAAAACAGAUAUAGCUGCGUAAGAAAGCAGAAUCGGUCAAUUCACAUCUGCUUGUGCCUCAUGUCAUGUCUUCCGCACUUUAAUGAUAAGCAUAAGAGUAGAGGCACACACUAACCUGCUGGUUCCCCAGUCUGUGUCUGUCAACCGGUCCCCUUCCCACCCUGCUCGAGCUAACAUGCACACAUUGCUGCCAGUGCUUUCAGGGGUAAUGAACAGGAUAUAUACUGUUCUUACUGCAUAUAUGCCACUCUGGUGAAAUGCCAAAUGCUGCCUUAUCAUAUGUCUCUGUUCUGUUAUUGGUGAAACCAUCACUUUUCUGCUCUGUACCUUACCUUGAAGUGUGAUUGUAGGGGACUGUGUGUUCAGACCUGAUUACCAACAGACUGUUAGGUUAAAUCAGGUAAUGUCACAGGCUAUUACUGCCUCAGUAUUGAGCGAUGAACAAACAGUACUGUCUCUAAGGGAGGUGGAUGAUCAUGGAAUACAAAAUGCCAGAAGUUGCUAUAAUUCAGUGUUCCAGUAUUCCCAGUGCAGCAAUGGCUCCGGCCUGUGUCAGUGUGCCUGUAGUGUUCUUCUGAUGUUACCCGGAUGUUGCCACUAUCAGUGUUUUUUGCAGUGUAGCACCAUCUGUAGUUGUGUGGUAGCAGCCUGUCUAACAGCACUUUCAAACCACACAUACACUUAAUUAAAUGGUUCUUCCUCAAAAGCAUAAGUACUGAGUAAACACGAAUACAUGCACAUAUACACUGCACUAGCUCAUUCUCUGAACCUAAGAUAUUUACAGUAUUCCUGUGCUACUGUAAUUCUUAUAGUCCAGCUAACCUAGAAAAUCAGAGCUCAAUAUAUUACAUGUAACGUGUCAAAAACUUGCAAUUAGAAGCACUUAAGGUUUCACAUGUUCUGCCUCUUACUGAAUUAUGAUCUCUAGCUCUUAGGUUGUGAUUGAUAUAUAAAUUGAGUGAAUUAGACUGGUAUGGUACUGUCGUUUGAGUGGACUCAUGGAAUAUUAAUGUCAGUCAGAGACUAAAGUUUACAGUUCUUAAUAAACCUGGUGUUUUACCUUUCUAUGUCCUUAUUUAAAGGAUAUAAUAUUUAUGCUUUGCUUUCUUUUUGUUCCUUUUUUUUUUUGCCCUUUAAUUUGCUGUUCCACAGAGGUUAUAUAAAAUUCUAGUAUCUGUUCUAAAUUCACUUAUGGGUUGCAUUUUACUUUCUUGCGCUUUGUUCCAUUUUAUCAGCUAUUGAAGUUCUUUAUUUAUUUUUCCUUUUAGGUUUUACUGCCUUUUUAUUUUUACGCCCCGUUUGAGAAUAUGCUGUUCUACCAAGGUAUGACUGUGUUCGCUGAGAUGUUUUCACGUUUUCUCUUUAGAAGUCUAAUAAUGUAGGAAGCAAUAGUGUGGUGUGCUAGAGAACGGUGAAAAGCCAGAUGCAGCCUGCAGUCCAGUCCAGCAGGAGGUACAAGUGCCCUUGACUUACUGUCAUGUUGUAGAAUGUGUCGGUGGAAUGAAUAUAGAAACCAUUAUUUGUGAUUUUAAUUGUUUAUUUGUUAAAGCUGCAUUUCAGUUUGAAAAUAAAAACAAUUUUGUGUUUAUUCCAUUCCUACACACUUGUUCUUGUAAUUCUAAAAAAAGAUAAAUUACCAUUGUACUUACUUUAUUUUAAAUAAAAUGGGCUAUUGCAUUAUUUAACAGUUGAUUGGUUAUAUAGUAACAGUUACAUACAUAGUUGACUUUCACAUUUAGGUUUCUUUUGAUUUUGUGAAUCCAUGAAUAUAUAGAGCGGACCGGUCCAGGUGAAGCUCACGGACCCUGAUUACUCCACAGGCAUAGAAAUGUUUCAUUUUUAAAUCAAAUCUUUCCUUGAGGUGCUGUUCUUUGGGAUGUCCAGGUUGUAUUUUGCCUGUCUCCUAGAUGGCAAACGUUAGUUUGUUUGAUUAUUGUAUUGAUAAUUGAAAGGGAAUGUUAAAAUCAGCUCUCUGAUUUGUCCUUUUGCAUCUCUCAAUGAAAUAAACUCUUUUCACUUUGAGAUGGGUUUUUUUUUUUUUUUUUUGUAUAUCUUGUGUGGUCAAUGGGGGAUGUGAAAUUUUUCAGUUAUGUAACACAGUCAGCAUGGGGUCAUACAGCCUAUAGUGCAAAUAUAAUACUAUUAAAAUAAAAUUUUAAAAAAGGCCAAAUAGUGACCAAGAUUCAAUUAUUGUGAAUCUCAGUGAUAUACAGUACAUAUCUGUAGACUGACAUAGCAUUUAAUAUAGACACCAUAAUAAUAUGUCUGUUUUUUGGUAGGCCUCUUAAUAAUUUUUAAUCCAAUCCAGAACACACCAGAAUUCUUGCUUAAUUUAACUGAGUAGCUGAAUUAAAGGUAGCUGAAUUAAAUGGCCGGUUUUAUUUAUCAUAUUAAGCUAAAAUGGACCACUCUGUAAAUUUUCCUCUCUCAACAUUUUGUAUUAUAGAGGCCAUAAACAUGGAUAAUGAAAUCAUACUUCUCAAUGAUUAUGAUAAUAUAAUCAACCUUAUAUAAAAUUUACAAAGAAAAAUAUUGACUCUUUGGCCAAAAGAAUGUAGCCACCUAAUCAUAUGUGCUAGUUGAACAUUCCUUUCAAAACCAUGGCCCUUAAUAUGGAGUUUGUCCUCAUUUGCUGUUAUAAUAACCGCCACACUUCUAGAAGGCUUCCCACUGGAUUUUGGAGCAUGACUGUGGGGAUUUGUGGUCAGCCAGCCACAAAAGCAUUAGUGAGUUCAGUCACUGAUGUUGGGGGAGGAGGACUGGGGUUUUCAGAGUUUAAACAGAGUUCCAGUUCAUCUCACAAGUGUUCAGGGUUGAGGUCAGGGCUCUGCGUAGGACAUUCGAGUUCUUCCACUCCAGCCUUUGCAAAUCAUGGAUCUCACUUUGUGCACAGGAGCAUUGUCAUGCUGGAACAGGUUUGGGCCUCUUGGUUCCAGUGAAGGGAAAUUGUAAUGUUACAGUGUUUAAAGACAUUCUAUACAAUUGUGUGCAACCAAA